AUGGGUGCCGGAGGGGUGGGGGGUGAUGGCAACGGUGGCACGGAGAAGUCAUGGGCCGUGGAGGGUCGGAGGGGAGGGACGGUAGUGGUGGCACAGAGAAGCCAUGGGCCGCGGAGGGGCAGAGGGGGGGACGGUAGUGGUGGCACGGAGAAGCCAUGGGCCACGGAGGGGCGGAGGUUGGGGGUUAUAGCACGGAGAAGCCGUAGGUCACGAGUGACGGCAUCGAGGGUUGGGGGGGCAAGGGGUAGUGGUUGUAGUGGUGCGAAGAAGCUGUGGGGGGAGGGGGCGCGCAGGGUAGGGGAUGGACGCAGAGCAACCGUGGCUGCCGGGGGUGGGAUUGGGGGUGUAGAGCAGCCACGAUUGUCGAGGCUGGGGGGAGGAGGGUUGGGGGGUGCAGAGCGGCGGUGGAUGCUUCAGGGGCGCGGAACCAAAAGUGGAGGAGGUGUGGGCUACCAGGGGGGUUGGUGGUGCGGAGGAGGCAUGGGCCCUACGGGGGUGCACAGAGGAGUGGAGGAGGCCAGGGGUCAGGGAGGGAAGUGUGGAGGAGCUAUGGGUGGCGCUGGGGGCCGGGGAGGUUGGGGGGGUUGGGCACGAUGA